GUACGUCAAAACAUUGAAGUGACGUGACGUUUACAAAUUUUAUGUUGCUGUCGUAAAUUUGCGAAAAAAUCGCCACGCAGCAUGGGAGAUGCACCAACUUUGGACACUGAGUCCAAUAAACCUAGCCCUGGAAGCGAGGAACAGCCGGAACUGGACCGGCGUCCCUUUGGUGGGCUGGAGUUCCAGGUUUCGGAGGUAGUAGGCAGACUAGAGGCUGGAGUGAACGCACAGGAUGCUGGGGAUGAGGAGAAGAGGCGGGAACCGCGCAAGAUCAGCGCAGGGUUUUUCGAGCCGGAAGAAACUUCCAUGGAUGACAUUCUAAAGAUUUUGGAGGACCUGGUGUUGAAGACUGACCCUAGUUGCGAGAGCGUGGAGCCGCCGCUUUUGCCUACUGACUCUGUGACGCGGGCGGCGAUCCUGUCUCAUAGUAUUGCGGCCCUAUUCGGGCGGCUGGAGAGAAGUCAUGCAGCGCGACUUGGAGCUCACAUUGCCAGUGAAACCACCCGCUGGAUGGCCCACAUGUUCAGGUUGUCAGACUACAAUGCAUACUACCACCAGGAGCAGCUGGAGGGACUCGUCCGCGUCACUCGCAUGCUGCUGCACCACAGAUACCCUCGAUACUUGGAGGAUGGAGCUUUAGCGUUCACAAACCGUCUGCCGUGCGUGUACAGCUGCGUGGCCAGUCCGUUGGGCAUCGUACAGCACCUGUGCCGGCAGCUCGGGCUGCCGCUCGCCUGCGUGCGGCCCGUCCCAGCACGAGCACCUGGCCGAGGCAUGGACAUAGAAGCUCUGGAGCGCCUGUGCGAGGAAGAUGUAGCAGCUAACCGUAUUCCGCUACUAGUGCUGGGCGAGGUGGGGGCCCCACCGUUGGGCUGCGGGUCCCCCCUCGCGGAACUAGGGGCCGUGUGCAACAAGCGAGGCCUGCAUUUGCAUGUGAGGGGCCACGCGUUGGCGCUCCCCGCUGCUUUGGGCAGGGAUCAGACGUUCAGUAUAGCGGACUCCGUAACCCUGACACCAGGGCCGUGGUUUGGUGUACCCGGACUGCCAACUGUCACAUUUUACAAGAUACCAGAACCUAUCACAGUUAACGACCAAGCCAAAGGAGUAAACGCUGCGGGCAGCCGCGAGGGCGCGCUGGCCGCGCUGGCGGGGCUGGCGGGCGGCGGCGCGCGGCUGCCGGCGCUGCCGCUGUGGACGUGCAUCAAGGCGUGCGGCGCGCGCCGCCUGUGCUCGCGCCUGCACCACGCCUUCCGCUCCGCGCGCACCGCCUACGCCACCGUGGCCAACGCGCAGCUGAGGCUCUUGAGCGAAAGACCUGGAGGCGACGAACCACCGACAGUAGACAUAGUGGACGCGAUAAGUCAAGCGUCGGCGUGUGUAGCGUUCCAAUUCGCGCCCCCCGGUGUGGAGAAGCCGCCGCCUUACUACGACAAGCUCAACUCUUGGUUUGGACAAGUGUUGCAGAGAGAGGCUGAUAUGAUCAGCAUAGAAGUCUGCGAGACGGAAUCCCACGGCGUGGUUCUGCGCUACUGCCCCCUAGAAGGUUCCCUUCUAGAAGAGCAGCAGGUUGGAGCGUUCGCCAGCAUUAUAGAAGCUCAGCUGCACGUCCUAGAAGCUACUGUGGAGCUCCGCGAGCCUUUCCAGAAGAUGGUGCAGGAACAUCCCACGUUGAGGCUCGUGCACGUGCCGGGGUGGGCGGGUCUAGGCGGCGUUCGAUACGUACCAGUAGGUUGGGAAGACGCGUCAAAUGACGAACUCAACUCACUGAACAGACAACUAGUCACGCAGCUGCGGGCCACAGACGGGGCGUUCUCGUGCGGCGACGGCGACGACGGACUUGCUUGUGUCAGGUUCGGCAUGGUAACAGCAGACUCGGAUGUGGACGAAUUACUGGAGCUGGUGCUGUCAGCCGGCAAAGAGGUGGAGGAGAGCUCUCGGGCGCUCACCAACAUGACUGAAGUACUCAAGAAAGGCAUAGAAGCGGCCCAAGCGGACAUCGAGCGCGAGAACGCGGAGCGGCUGUGGCAGGAGGGGCUGCUGCGGCGCGUGCCCGUGGUGGGCCGCGUGGUGGACUGGUGGGCGCCCGCCGCCGUGCCGCCGCCGCCCGGCCGCCGCCUGCAUCUGGCGCACGGCACGCUGCAGCCCACCACCGACCUCUACCGAUACGUGAAAAAUAAGAAAGAGGAGGCUGCGCGAGCGCACUCUCCGUCGCGGCAAGCGCCCGCCGCCGAGCCCGCAACCCCCGCCGCGCCGCAGCCCGCGCCGCACUGACGAUGCACACGACCUUCAAUUACGCAGUAUAAGUAGGUAUGAUAAACAAUUCAAAAGCCAUUUGAUUUGACCUUAACUAAACAGCUAUUGCAAUAUCAUUUUAUAGCAUACCUAAAAUAUAUAUAAAAAAAUAGAAUAUACUUUUAAGCUCGACUGGAAAUGUGAAAAAUAUAGCAAAACAUAUUCAAAAUCAAUUUUGGUAUUGUCAAUUGCCAUUGAUCGCCUAUCGGACGGUUCACGUUGUUAAAAAAAUAAGUUGUUUUACAUUUCUGGUUGUGCUAAUAUUCUUGCGAUCCUUUCAAAUAUUAUGUUAUGUUCUAUACCAGUGAAACCGUCACAAAAUUACAAUAUUGUAAUUUACACUGCUCUUUAUUGCAGCUUUUAUAUCCUUACAUGUGCAAUUUAAAAAUUAAAUGUAAUUCUUAGCGCACUAACCCUACACAUUUAAUAUUUUAUUGAAUUACAAGUUAUUGACGCCGAUUCCUGUAGACACCACCUAAUUUUAAGUUAUACCUGUCAUUUUCUUAUCUGCCGAAAAAGACGGGUAAUCGACUGGCAUAAAAUUAAUGUAACACACGUCAAAUUUAGGCAGAAAUUAAAAAAACCCUUCCAAAAUUUUAUAUUGACCAAUAACCCGACAGAAUUAAGUUGACAACACACGUCAAACGGGUUGCAUAUGAGAGAAACGUCUAUUUUAUUCGCCCGGGUUAUUAAUUCAUUUUAAAAUUAACAGUAGUCAAUCAUCCGUCCCUUUCCUUUUCGGUAGGAUGUGUCUGCAGGAAUCGGGGCCAUUACAAACAUAUAACCUAUCUACAGGUAAAUCUUCAUUAUAAGGUGCUUAGAUUUACAUUAAGUAUUUUUAAUAUUCCGAAGCAAAUAGCAGCUGUUUAAUUUUCUUAUUAAAAUGUAAGUUUUAUGUUUCUAUUGAUCGUGUAAGGUGAACCUAAAAUGUUGGCAAAAGUAGCGAUAAAAUGAUGCAAUAACUGGAGGAGAAAUAUUGGUUGUCUAAAAUGACGAUAAAAACGUUUUUAUUUAGUAUUGGCUAGGUACAUGAACAGUGUUUUUAUUACUUUAGUUAUUGAAGUGGUUUCACACAGAUUAGGAAAAUGCGUUCUAUGCAUUUUCCUAUGCUUUUAUCCUUUUAUGUCACUUAGAACCGUCAUUUGCUACAGUGAGAUAAUGCGACCGCACGCGGCGGAGUCGACGAGGCGGUCGGAGAGCGAUCGCAAUCCCGCUCUUUAUUUCGCUCUAGCAAAUGACGGUUUUGAGUGACAGAAAUUAAUAAAAAUUAUAUUCAAAAAUAUUUAUUAUUUAUUUGUUCUUAUUUAAUUGCCUUACAUAGUUAGCGCUUUUUAUUUUAUGUCCCGAUUUUGUUUAAAGAUUACCAGUGCUAUAUUAUUUACUUAAGUAAUAACUCCGAAAACUAAAGGAAAUAAAAUACUGUUCAUAAAGCACAAGUGUUAUUGUAAAGUGCCAAGGCCAGUGGUGUGAUAAGAUGAUGGUCGAAAUGAUAGUUGAAUACUGAAACCCUAAUUUAAAAUAUUUACUGAAUAGUGAAUAUUCGUGUCGAAUCUGGCCGACGAAAUUAAUUUUAUUUUGACAGUUCUUAAACCAGUUCUAUCUCUUUCUUGCGGUAAUUAUAAGCGAAGGACAGCACCAUUUUUAGAGAAUAAAGUUUUGUUGUUCAGUUUUUUUUUAUAAUAAUAAUUGGCAACACUGAGUUUGAUGACGUAGGGCGCACUUGAGGCCGGUAUCGAUCAUAUGUAUGAAACGCGCGCGCCGCGACGCAGCCACUGUCGUCGUGAACGAUUCCAUACAAAUGUAUGCGUUUGAUCACAUCACACGUCUACAGUAUAUAAAUUAUCUUAACCUUAAAAGUAAUAGGUACUUCAUUUUCUUAUAUAUUGUUUGGGGUUUCCGUAUUCAGUAAUUGUAUCUAUUAUUUGUAAUUUUAAAGCUCAUUAAUCUAUAGAAAUGUAUUUUAACGUAAAUUAUCCCAAAAAUGCCUUUAAAGUUAAAAUAAGUUAGAGUAACAUUGAGUAAAAUUCGUACAAUUAGAUUAUUGAUUAGUGUUCGAGAGAUGACGUUUGGGCAUUGGACAGGGAAACGAGUAUAAACCUUAAAAAGUAUGAAAAUAAUGGUGCUAAUUCCUGUAAAUACCAUCUAAUUUUAUUUUAAGUUAUAUCUGUCAUUUUCUUAUCCGCCGAAAAGGAAAGGGACGGGUAAUCGACAAGCAUAAAAUUUAUGGAACACACGUCAAUUUUAAGCACAAAUCUAAACCAACCGUCUAAAAAUUUUACACCCGUCAAUAACCCGACAUAGUUAAGUAGACAGCACGUCAAACGGAUUGCAUACCCGCGACGUACCUUUUGAUUCGCCCGGGUUAUUCAUUCAUUUACUCAUUCUUCCUAAAAUUAAGAGUUGUGAAUCAUCCGUCCCUUUCCUUUUCGACGGAUAUGAAAAUGACGGAUAUAACUUAAAAUAAAAUUAGGCGGUGUCUGCAGGAAUCGGGGCCAUUGUCUAUGAAAGCAACAACCAAAUACUUCCCUUUCCCAAAUUCAUUGCCCAAAAAUCAUUUUAAAAAUAUAUUGGCAAAUCCAAUUCAAUUUCCUAAUCCUAAUUUUCGUUUCAGUAUUGUAUAUUUAAAGGAAUACUAACAAUGUAUAAAACGUAUAUUUAGUUGAAUUCCUGUAAUGGAUUUGUAUAAAAAUAAAAUUAUUCCACUUAGAAAUUGUUAGUGUAUUUUGUAAUGUUAUGGUGCAACAUUUCUUUUAUUUUAAACAAAAUUGCGACGUCGUUUUGUGAAAUUGACUAAUUCUUUGUUUUGAUUAUAUUGUGAUUGAUCAAUUGCUUCUGUAAAAAACAGGACCUGUCAAAUUCUCAGGUUCGGGAAGCGGCCGCUGUGAAAAACGGGAUAAUGGCAACUAGGUAGUUGCCGUUACCUACCUACGAAUCUUAUCAGCGAGAUCUCUAACCGCUCGCCGUAUCUUUAGCUCUUUAAGCUUUAGUUUCCAUUUCAAUCAACAUCUCUUCAAUAAGCAAGUUUCCAACUAGUCAAAUCAGUUACUUUUUAUUAAACGUCAAAACACGAAAUUACUAUGGAAUCUGUAUGAAAAUGCAACCCGUGACGUCAUAGAAAAACGUGACAAAAUGUCGCACUUUUCCUGUAUUAAAAUUACAUUUUUGUGUAUUAAAAUUCAUUAAUAAGUGAAAUAUAAAGAAGAAAAAGUUUUUUGUCAUCUUUAUUUGGUCUUUCUUUCUUUAUCUGAUGAUCUAUAUUUAGUAAUCAGAAUUUCAUAAUUUAUCUUUGAACUAGGAAACUACCUAAUUUUUUGAAAAUUCAGCCAAUCACAUAAUAGGAUUUAUAUCCUGAAACGGACUGAGUCUCCAUAUCCAUCAACCAUACUGUUUUAUGAUUGUUAGCAAUUGAUCAUCUAGAAAGUACUUUUUUGUCAAAAAAAUGAGAAGUUUUUAUUUCGUCAUUAUUUUAUUAUAAGUCAUUUAUUUUAUUACUGUCAUUGUGUAUGUUGUGUACCUAUGUGAAACCGUGAUAUUGUAUUUUGGUACAAAGAUUUAUGUAUAUGUGUAUAGUUUAAUAUUAUUACUUUUUUAAUUACGUCAAAUCUAAAAUGUUUUGUAAUAAUUUGAAGAGUAACAGUAGUUUUGUGUUUUAUUAUUUUUCUCUUGGAAGAUUUUUUGUUUGUAAAAGUUAUUUAAUAUGGAAUUAAAAUCUAAUAUGUUCCAAAGAUACAUUGUCAACUUUGCCACAAAAUAAAUAAUUACUUUGUUACAUAGGUAUGUGUAGGUAAUUCAUGAAUAUCAUUUAUUCCUUUAUUAACCAACAGUUUAUGUAUAAAUAAAUACAUUCACUCAAUAGAAAUGAAUCAUACUAAAUUAAUUUAUUGCAAAUUUUAUUACAACUAAUAAUGCAGUUGGUAAUGUAAUUUAUUUAAAAUAAGCUAUUGAAUGAUUGAUUACAAAGUAAAGUUAUACAAUGUUACUGAU